GGUACUUUUAGUGCAGGACAGGUUGGAAAGCUGACAAAAUAAACGGUACACGGGAAGAGACGGAGGCAACAGGGAGGACCUGAGCGUAAACUGGAUAAGAGGCGUGGCCGCUGUGUGUACAUAUCUACACUCAAAAAAAUAGCCGUUAGUUGUUGAAGUUUCGUCUGUGAGACUUGAAAUUUUCCACUUGUUCAAGAGGCGUUAAGGUGCCUUCUCAAGCGUUGCCGUUUUGUUAGACCGCUUUUGUGAACCCAGUUCUGCUCCACCUGGAAGAUGAAUUCAUUGGGCAGUUCUUCCAAAUGGCCAUCUUACGACUCAAUACCCUCCACAUCCAGCUUAGUCCUCAGUGAGAGUGAGCAGACUGAGGACGAAGCAGACAUCUUCUCAGAGGGAGAGGGGGACGGUGGAAGAAGAAAGUCCAGCUCAGCUCAUGAAGGAAUCACAUUAUCUGGAAAUUACCUUGAUUUUCCAGCUCACUCAGAUGAGCCGCGUUCGAGGUCUAAGGGUGACCAGUCUAAAUGCUGCCCUGAUGAAACGAAACAUCCCGACUCAGCCUCUUCUCCUGGAGCUGCCACACUAGGUUCGUCAUCGGCGACACCGGGCGACCUGGCCUUCGCUCAGAAGUGUGCAGAUUUGCACAGGUUUGUCCGUCCUUUGCUUGAGCUUCUACAUGGACUAAAGACAGGGCGAUUUGACAAAGGUUUAACCAGUUUCCAGCAGACUGUUGCCAUAGACAGAUUGCAGAGGAUUCUUGGAAUUCUACAGAAACCUGAAAUGGGUGAGAAAUACCUCCAAAAUCUGCUGCAGAUAGAGAUGAUGCUAAAAAUGUGGUUCCCUCAGGUGGCAUAUCGACCCAUAGACACACCAAUCCAGACAGUCACUCCCCAGCUUUCACCACACUGGCACCAAAAUCAGCUCCACAUGCCAGUUAAGAAGAGGAAACUGAGCUGGUCAGACCCUGACCAUGCUGGUGAAAUCCCAACCAAGCACAAGCACCAUGAACAUGAAAAAUAUGGGAGCAGCCAGUCUUCGACUUCACUCGACUCUGUCUCUGCCUGUCUACCUGGAUCCCCUAAAAAACGGAAAACUACAGAGGUAGAAACCGUUGAAGCAGCUGGGUGCAGCUGCAGAGCUGGACAUGAGUUUACAGAUAGCACUGGCACUUUAAGCAGGCUGUUACAUUCAUGUUGCAGCAGGGAAAAUGAGAACCGGAAGCAGCCUGAGAUUCCUCCGCCCUCCUUUUGUGGCAGCCCAGCCACACAGGAUAGCUCAGUGUCUUCAAGCGACACCAUUACUACAAAUGACUCACCUUAGCUGGCCUUAGUUGACCUUGCUACCACAUGGAGGAGCCACAGCAUUGCCAGCCAGAGCGAAGGGAGAGGGCGGACCUAAUUACAUAAGCAUAAAGUUAGGUGCAGAGUCAGUCUGUGAUGGCUGCAAGCCAUGUAAAACCAGAAGAGGAGGAGGAGAAAUGAAGAUAGACACUCUUUAACCCCUAAGUAUCCAAUGUGGUUUUUUGAUUACACCAGAGUUAUUGCACCAUCCUUUUGUAUACAUUGACUUUUACUAAGUUAAAAAAUUUUGGAAGUAUUAUACAAGUGUAAUGUGUUAAAGCAGUUUGUGUUCUCUUUUGUGUUUCAUAUCAUGGAAUACAGCCCUAAUAGACACCGUAUGGGAUUUCAUGCCAUUAGUGAAAAACAGAAAUAGCAGAUAUCUCACUUUUAUGAAAGUGAGCAAAUAAAGACAAUCCUUGCUGGUGCAGUUUAAAGCUGUUAGUCAGUUGUAUAUAAAAUAUUUUUUUUUUUUCAAACAAAAAUAAAUUGGCAGUUUCCAGCAUCUUACAUCAGAUGAUUUUUUUUAAGGCUAGUGCUCUAGCAACUUAUUGGCAUGUGUCACCAUUUUCUUCCAUUUCAUAGACCAAACAAUUAAACGAUGAAAUACACAGUGCUGUGCAGAUACACAGAUAUUUCAAUCAUGAACACAGAUGAUUUAAAAAUGGCAUUUAGGAAGGGUAGUUUUUUUGCCAGCUGCUUUAUUGUAUAAUAGAGUAGAGGUAUGUAGCUGCUGCCCAAAUCUGCCAAACAAAAUCAUUUUGCAUUAUUAUUUCAAAUGCACCUUACCUCACACUAUAUACUUAACACACAUACCCCUGUUUCUAUGUAAAUAAGAACGGAUGUAGUUGAACUUGAGGUAAAACAGCAAAAUGCUACAUGGGAAAUACCACAACCUGACAGAUUUUUAAUUUUUGAGUUGGCUGGAUAUUAUCAUAUCAGUUGCUCCUUUAGGUAGCUAGAGAGUGAACUUGUUUUGGUUAGAAAGACUUGAAAAUGUGGUAUUUUAUUACAGACAUGACUUUUGAAUGACUUUUUUAAAAUAGAAAAGUAAAUGGGAAUAAUAUAUUUGAUCUUUUGUGAAUUAGAAUCAAUGCAACUGCACUUUGGAUGACAAUAAGGAAAUGUUACACAUCUAUUAACAUUAAAAGAGUUGUGGUAUGACAGUUUAUGAAAGCUGUGUUUAAGAGGAGCAGUACUUGAAAAUCUUGAUUCCAUUGGCAGACUCAUGUUGCCAGUUGUGUGUUACACCAGAGAUGAGUGCUUUACAGCUCCUUGACUGAGAGACAUUCUGAGAAAACUCCUCUUUUUGUGUUUUAGUUGUAAUGCUUUCAUUUUAGCACAAUGGAUGGAAGUGGCUGAUAGGCAUAAAAAGUAUUUUUCACACAAAAUGCCCUAAAAUGCAGUGUGUCAUAAUGAAGGCAAAGAACAGCUUCUGUGUCCCAUUUAAAAUGGAUUUGUAUCAUUGAUUUGCUGUUGUAAAAUUUGUGUCACUCAAAGUGCUUUACUGUUGAUUAUGUACCAAGGAAUAAUGUCAUUGAGAUAUCAUAAAACUCCAUCCAGUUGUUUAUAGCAUUUGGGUAUUGUUCCACCAUAUUUUAAAUUGGAUAUCAUUCAUGUUGAAUGGCAUUUCAUCCCUGGUAGUUUGUCACCAGUCUGCCUUAAAGGUAACCAUAAACCAUAAAGCCUGAAAAGUAGACUGAAAUUCCCUCUGCAGUUAUACAAAAAGUGUAUUAUUUAACUAAUGAUGGUAACAUCAUCAUCUCACCAAAUGUGUCAUUGCAAACCAAAUGUGCUGCUGUGUAGAUGUCCCUGGGGUUAGGUUUUUAAAAAUCAAAAGUGCAAGCAUGCAGUAGAGAACAAUAGUGUAGUGUUGUUUUGGUAUAUAAAAUGUCAUCAUGUAGCAUCCUAUAGUACAGGUUUUGCUGUGCUGAGAUACACAUCUGUGAAACAACAUUUGUGAAGUAGGAGAAUACUGAAAGUUGAGUGAAAAUGUUAUUCCCCAGAUACAUGUCCUUACUGUUUUUUGUUUUUAGUGUUAUUUGUUUUAGGCUAUUUCUUUGUUUCUUAUAAUGAAAUUGUCAUUACUGGCGAUUGAUAAAUGCACAUAUUUUUAUAUAUUAAAAGAAUGACGUGGUUCAUCAAAAUA